GUGUGCCCGCUGUCAAUCAUCGUGUCCCGGCCUGUGAUUACUCAUCGGCACCCGGUGAUUUCCGAAGAUCUCCGAUAGGGAGGACUUUUUUGUUUAUUAACAGUCCUCCUCCCUGUCAGUUUGGGCACACUGCUCUGGAUAGCAGUAUGAUUACAGUGAAGCACACUGACACUGCCCCCUAGUAAAACACUCCCUGCACACAGUUAACCCUUUGAUCACCCCUCAUGCUAACUCCUUCCUGCCCAGUGCCAUUAGUACAGUGUCAGUGCUUCUUUUUAGCACUGAUCACUGUAUUGGUGUCACUGGGGAUGUCAGUGACACCAAGUCAUUUCCCCCCAUUGUCAGAAUGUCCACUACAGUCCCGCUCUAAGUUG